AUGUAUUUAGAAACCGUAGAAAGUAAGUGGCCUGAUUUGGACAGUAAUGACUUGAUAUUGGACCGUUCAUACUCGAAGAUUUUUAAGGCCACGUACUAUACUCGAGAUGAAAUUCCUAAAGAUCACCUCCCCUACGGUUUAAUCCACAAUCGUAUGAAAUAUUCCAAACAAUCACCUGAACUCAAUUCAACAGAUACUCCUAAUGACAUCGAUCCUAAAGAAUGGGCCAGAGAGAUUUAUGCCGAUGCAAUUAAAUAUAUUACAGAACCAACAAAUCCCGAUCGUGUAUUUCAAUGGUACCACGAUUUCAUUGUCUUAACUAACUUACAAAUUGCUUUUCAUAACUACUAUAACGUUGAAAGUAAAUCCAGUAGCAUUUUUAUGAAUAUAGUUAAUAGGUUGAUAGAUUGGUUCCUUGGUAGGGAAUUAAUUAAUAGUGAGGCGGAGCUGGAAUCGUUAUCAUUGUACGUUGGAAAUCAGACAAGAAACUUAAGAUCAUAUGUUUCCAAAAGUUCCCAUUUGCUUAUCGAACUUCUCAUUGAAACAAUUAAUAUCAACCAGUGUAAAAUUUUGUGUUACAGAAUUAUGCCUCAGUUGUUUGCUUGUACGGGCUCUGAGAAGUCGGUUUUCAGGGAGCCUGCUAUAAAAAAUCUAAAAUUAAUUGCGGCUCGUUUUUCUAAGAAUUUUGACGAGGAGAUUUUGUGGCUGUUGAUGGACCAGACUCUGAAUUUGAACAAGAAGAUUUCUUCGGUUGCUACUUCCUGUGCUUUUGAGUACUUAACUCUCACUGAUAAGAAGGACCUUGACUCCUUGGACCUGGUCAAACUAAUUGAUUACUUCGAGCUGGGUUUAAACCCGAAGACUGUGGACGCCAAACGGGGUCACAAGAAGAUUAUGGCCAAGAUGUCAGACGUUCUCUCUGACAAGAAAUACGCUUCGUACCUCAAUGAGUUGUCAUUGAGGCCUACCCUAGCUAAAUUUACCAAAACUGAACUCCCUUCUGAUCUCAACUAA